CGUUUCCCUUUCUACUUGUGUUACCCCAUGUCGAAGAACGCCAGCGCGAACAAGCAGGCCGCCAAGGAGCUGGCUCAGCAGGCCAUUGACGCCUACAUGGAUGACGACUUUGAGCGUGCCGAGUCUCUCUACACGCAGGCCAUUGCCUCUGAUGCAACCGUCGGCGACUACUACCUGAAGCGCGCCCAAGUGCGCCACAAGCUCUCCAAGACAGACUUGGCCACCUCGGACGCGCUCAAGGCCGCCGACCUGACUGCCUCAAAGACUAUCUACCUGCGCACCUACUAUAAGGCCCUGGUUCUGCAUGGCGAAUGGUCGUUUGCGCAGGAGAAGUACGCCGAGGCCGUCGAGUCGCUGCACAAGGCCACCAAGAUUAACCCGAACGACGAGAAGGUCAGCAGUCUGCUGGAGAAGGCCGAGGCGCUGGCGCCCGCGCCCGCGCCUGCACCUGAGCCCGUGGCUGAAGAGCCGAAGGAGGAGAAGCCGGUGGAGAAGAAGCGCCAUGCUGUGCGUCAUGAGUGGUACCAGAACGAUGAGGACGUCAUUGUCGAGGUGUUUGUGCGCAACGUCAAGAAGGAGUCGCUGGAGGUCGAGUUUACAGACAGUGCUCUGUCGCUGUCGAUUAAGAUGCCGACAGGUGCCGAGAACAACCUAGACUUUGACCCGCUGCUGCUCCCCAUUGUGCCUAGCCAGUCGACCUAUGAAAUCCUGUCGACCAAAAUCGAGGUGCGCAUGAAGAAGGCUGCCAAGGGCGAGAAGUGGAGCCAUCUGGAGAAGACUGAAGCUGAGAUGGUUGCUGACGUGAAGCCCUCCCAUUUGUCAAACUCGCGCAAGGGCGUUUCAUGGGAUAAGAUCGCUGCUGAUGCCGAGAAGGAGACUGCGCUGAAGGUCAGCGAGCAGGGUGUCAACCAACUGUUCCAGACUAUCUACAAAGAUGCGGACGAGGACACCCGCCGUGCUAUGAUGAAGAGCUAUGUGGAGAGCAAUGGAACUGCGCUUAGCACCGACUGGGAGUCAGUCAAGAAGGGGCCUGUUGAGACCCUGCCUCCCACUGGAUGCGAUGCUAAGCCGUUCAAGUCAUGAGCACGGUAGAGCCAACCCUUCACCAAAAUCACAUUUCACAAAAUUAAUAUAUUCAUCAGCUCCCACACUAUCGUACAUGUAGUGUUUGAAUUGUAAGCCGAUGUGCGAUGUAGCGAGUAUCUUAAUACAUGCAGGGUGUUGCAACAUCACUCGGUAGAGAAUGUAGAUGAUCAGCGUCACCAGCAGUAACUACCGCUGGUGUUAUCGUAUCUGGCUACGGCGGUCCCAUUGCAUUUCCGCAACCCACCCGUCACAAGUUGGAGUGUCCUCAGCUAUGUGUGCGCUUCCACAUACUGGUCAGCCAGCACGCAUCAAGGUAAAACGUAGACACGACCCCUCAGCCAAAGCUGCAUAUACUUGAGGAUUUAGCCAACGCAAUC